AUGGAAUUGCUCAUGUGUGGAUUGCAAAAGAUCGAUGUUAAAGACUGGAAGGCUCACACCGUUUACAAAGGCGGUUAUGGACCAAGUAGUCAAGUCAUUCAUAAUUUCUGGAAAUGCAUUCUUUCAUUCGACAACGAAAUGCGAGCUCGUGUGCUACAAUUCGUGUCGGGAACAUCACGGGUACCGAUGAAUGGAUUCCGAGAACUAUACGGUUCUAAUGGACCACAGAAGUUCACCAUUGAGAGAUGGGGUAGUUCGGACAUGCUACCCCGAGCUCAUACAUGUUUCAACCGGCUCGACCUUCCUCCAUAUCAGACGUUCUCCGAAUUGAAGCAAAAAUUGUGUACAGCCAUCGAGAACUCAGAGAUCUUCAGCGGUGUCGACUGA